AUGGAUAUUCGCGUGACUGAGCACGUUACUUGGGGUUUAUGUGCAAUCCUCGACAUUAGGUUAGCAGCGUAUUCGAUUGCUAAAAUUGCAGAUGAGCCGAUGCAGCUAGACAAUCGCUUUGCGUGUUGGAAUUCGCAGCAAGUUGUGUCUCUCCAUGAAAUCAACUAUGAUACUUUAACCACAAAUCAUGCUAAGAAGCUUAGUCGACAGUCACCGAAUGACUCCAAUAUGAAGCUAACAUUGUCCUUUACUGCAAAUUUAUGCAGUACUCUGUUCAGUGAUGAAAGUGAUGGAAAGGCGUGGGCUGUGAUGGGUCGCUUGAAAGAAGCGAAAUGGAAGAUUAACCGGAAGUCUGAAAUAACCACUGAACUUUCCAGUAGGAGUAUGCGUAACGAAUACUGCCGAGUUUCGAGUACAGUCAAAGCUGAGGAUGCUCCAUUACCUGGCCUUCCUAUGUAUGAUGUCUUCCUCGGAGGAUCAUGUGGAACUACGGUUUGGCGGCGUCAACUUGUCAUACCAUUUCUGAAGAAGAAGGCUAUUUCCUAUUACGACCCUCAACGAAGUGUCUGGAGUGAAAAUAUGAUCUAUGAAGAAAGUAUAGCUAAGGAAAGAUCGUCGCUUUUCCUCUUUGUCAUAGAUCCAGCGACUGUUAACGCCACUUCUUUCCUCGAAAUCGCCUACUUUGCAGCCAGAAAAUCACCAAAACUAGUGGUUGUAUUCCUCGGGAAAACAGAAUGGAAGCAGAAAGCUCAUCCGGACGAUCUACCAGACAGAAAUAGAACGUGCAUAUUACUCGAUAGGAUUUUGGACGCACAUGAAGUUCCCAUGCUGUACAGCAUACAGGAUGCACUGGAUUACAUCGAAGAAGAGAUCAUCGGUAGCAAACGGUGGGCAGAUGCUCUACGAGUGCCAUGUCAACGUUUCUCUUUCCUCUCUUUGCGUACUAAAAAAGUUGCUCGGGCUGCUCAGUUCCGAGCCAGGUGUGCUUGGUUACGGAUCAUAUCAUACGCACGACAUGUAACGUUAGCUUGUGCAGCUGACACGAUCAUAUUCAUCGCUUGCCAAAUGGUUGUUCCAAAUAUUUCUAUUUUCGUCAUUUUAUUGCCUCUAUUUUUGCUCAAUGUUAUUGUCAUACUCGCCACUGAUCGACUGCAACGAUAUCGGGCCCUUCGCCCUCGUGCUGUUGCGGAUUCUUCACAUUUUCAUUUACGGGCAUCUGCCGCGAUUCCUCCGCCGCGUAUGCCAACUACCGUAACACCUCUCAAUCCUGUGAAAGCUAAAGUGUUACGUUUAAAACGGUUUUGUGAUGGCACCAUUGAUGAUGGAUUGUCUCUAUUCACUGCUCCGGAAUUGUCGAGACGACGCUCACAAAACGAACGGGUGAUUAACACACUUACAUCUACACACAUUGAACUUGCGUCCAGCGCACCGGAUGAUACAUCAUGGGUGAACCGAGUGGUUAUUCCAUACAUGGAUCGCAACAACCUGCGUUAUUCCCGGUUUCUCCUAAUGAAUGAUGUCGAGCCUGAAAAUCGAAUGAAGUGCCUUGUGACGUGGUCUUCUCAAAUGAAGCAUUUUUUCUAUCAUAUUCCAUCUACAAGAUUCUUUCUGUCAGGAAUGGUUGAGGUUGCUUACAUACUAGGCCACACUAAUUGGCAAGUAACUAUUUGUGUACCAAAAGAAGCAGAGUGUCUGGAGGCGCCGACGGUAGCAGAAGACGAAGCAGCGAAAGCAUUCAGGCGCCGGCGGAAUGAUUGCUAUCAGAUUGCCUUUUGUUACCUCAAGGACAUGGCGAAACGUCGUCAGUGUCGAGUCUUUUCCGAACUGGACGAUGCUUUGCAGUAUGUCACUAAGGCUACUUGCGCUGGAUUAUGA